AUCUCUAAAAAGCUCGUCUCUUUCCGGUUGUCAAUUUUUUGCAAGCAGCAAGCAUAUUAGCUGACGAACCAGAUUAAUUUUAAGUUUUUUAAGUAAAUUUAAUAAUAAAUAUAAACAAAAUGGCUUUCGGUGAUGUUAAAACCCCACAAGGUCUUAAGGAAUUGAACAAUUUCUUGGCCGACAACAGUUACAUCCAAGGUUAUGAACCUUCCAAGGCUGAUUUAUCUGUGUUCGAGGCUUUAGGCAAGGCCCCCACCGGUGAUGUAGCACACGUACAACGUUGGUACCGCCACAUUGCCUCCUUCGAGGCCAGCGAAAAGGCUGCCUGGGGUGGUUCUGCCUUGCCACAAGUAGCCGGUGCUAAACCCACCGUUGCUGCUCCCGCAGCCGCUGCCGAUGAUGAUGACGAUGUCGAUCUAUUCGGCUCCGAUGAUGAAGAAGAUGAUGCUGCUGCUGCCAAGAUCCGUGAGGAACGUGUAGCCGCCUAUGCUGCUAAGAAAUCCAAGAAACCCGCCUUAAUUGCCAAAUCCUCCGUGUUGCUCGAUGUCAAGCCUUGGGAUGAUGAGACCGACAUGAAGGAAAUGGAAAAUCACGUACGCACCAUUGUUAUGGACGGUUUGUUGUGGGGUGCCUCCAAAUUGGUGCCAGUCGGCUAUGGUAUCAACAAAUUGCAAAUUAUGUGCGUCAUUGAAGAUGAGAAAGUUUCCAUUGAUUUGUUGACCGAAAAGAUUGAGGAAUUCGAGGAUUUCGUACAAUCCGUUGAUAUUGCUGCCUUCAACAAGAUCUAAGCUGGAGAUAAAAGAACAGUUUAUUGAAGAGAUUAAGAAAUGAUUUAACACAGCAUGUCAUUAAAAAAAUAUGUUUUAAUCACAGUAUACAAAUAUAUAUCUGUGGUUUAAAUAAAAGUGUGAAAAACAUCAGCACUUUUUAAUAAAGAUUUGAUAUUGAUUUUUUUAAAGUAAUUUGAGCAAAACAAAAA